AUGACGACACUAUUUGUUGGCAAGAAUUUACCUGGUAGUCGUAAUGACGAGUUUUUUGGAUGGGAAGAAAUGACUUGUACACGUAAUGGUGACAUUGGUGGUGCAUUUGAGAUCGAGCAACUGAUUCAACGCCAGAUUCGUGCCGAUCCGACCGCUUUAUCACAAAUUUACAAUGUGCCGGACGACCAGAAUUCGUACUUGUGGCAAUAUGAACAUUUACGUCAAGUGAUGAAGGAGUUAAAUAUUCUUGUAGCACGGUUGGAUGGAAACUGCACGCGUGAAUCGUGUCCAGUGAUGAAGGCUACAGAUGAUUGGGUGUUCUUAUGUGCGGCUCAUAAAGCACCAAAGGAGUGCUGUGCUUUUGAGUACAUUGUACACACAAUGGACAAUGUCAACACUUUACUUACUAGCAGUCGAGUGUUUCCAUCUCGUGUAAGCAUUAGCUCCAAUGCUACGCAGUACUUCCAAUCAGUUUCCCGUCGCCUAUACCGUAUCUUCUCGCACACGUUUUUCCACCACCCGGAGGUCUUUAAUGAGUUCGAGGACAAGUCGUAUCUAUGUCAUCGCUUCGUCUACUUUGCGCUGCACUUCUGCCUUAUUCCUAAGAGCCUGCUCAUUAUCCCUGAUAUUGGCUGA